AUGGGCCUCAAUGGCAGUCAUUUUCUGACCACCGCCGCCAACAAGCACCAAGCUGUCGUACCGUCCCUGGCUCCAGAACUCGCUGACUACGAUUUCCUUGAUGCCAUGAACCCUGCCGGUGGCCAAUUCGCUUCGCUCACCGACCUCAUCACGGUUAUCCAGACGUUAUUAAACCCGUUGCAUUCCAAAAGUCUGCUCACACGAUACUCCGUGGACAAAUGGAUGCAGCCUGUUCACGUCUUUGAGGAAGAUGACUGGACGCAGAUUGGCGUCAUGUGGGAAAUCCUCAAAGCACAAGACUCCAAUAGUCGCCUGCGCAGAAUAUAUUGA